AAGUCCCGCCCCACUCCCCCAGCCCAGCCCUGCUUAUGUCUUCCUACAAUUUGCCUGCUUGCUCCCAUUUUUUCUUUCUCGUUGUAAUGAGAAACUCCUCUUCUGGUGUCCCUUCUUGUUCUCUGCCUGGAAAGUUUACGGCGCUGAAACCGUCUCCUCGGAUCCAGGCAGCCCCGCGCAGUGACGACAAUUUCAACGCCGGCGCAGCAAGGUCCCGCCAUUCCUUUUGCUUCCGGCUCCGUCACCGCCGGGGCGCCGCAGGAUUCCUGGGAGAGGCGAGUGUGCUGCCGCAUGGAGCUGCUGGCUGGUAGUUACGAGCAGGUCCUUUUUGGAUUCACUGUACACCCGGACCCCGAGGCGAAUGGCGGCCACGAGGUGAGACUGGACGAGCGGAGGGAUUACCGGGGAGGGCGGCACGGCGUGUUUGGCGUCCACGCGGCCGAGAAAUGGACUUCAGUGGCCGACUUCACUCACCACACCCACACUGCCUCCUUGUCAGCAGUAGCUGUGAACAGUCGUUUUGUAGUCACAGGGAGCAAAGAUGAAACAAUUCACAUAUAUGACAUGAAAAAGAAGAUAGACCACGGGGCUCUAGUACAUCACAACGGCACAAUAACUUGCCUGAAGUUCUAUGGCAACAGGCACUUAAUCAGUGGGGCCGAAGAUGGACUCAUCUGUGUCUGGGAUGUGAAGAAGUGGGAAUGCUUAAAGUCAGUUAAAGCACACAAAGGACAUGUGACCUUCCUUUCCAUUCACCCUUCUGGCAAGUUGGCCCUGUCUGUAGGCACAGAUAAGACAUUAAGAACGUGGAAUCUUGUGGAGGGAAGAUCAGCUUUCAUAAAAAAUAUAAAACGAAAUGCUCACAUAGUAGAAUGGUCCCCGAGUGGGGAGAAAUAUGUAGUUGUCAUCCUGAAUAAGAUAGAUGUCUACCAGCUUCACACUGCAUCCGUUAGUGGCACCAUCACCAAUGGGAAGCGGGUUUCUUCUGUUACCUUUCUCUCAGACUCCAUCCUCGCAGUGGCUGGAGACGAAGAGGUAGUGAGGUUUUUUGACUGCGAGUCCCUGAUGUGCCUCUGUGAAUUUAAAGCCCAUGAACACAGGGUAAAAGACAUGAUCAGUGUUGAAAUUCUGGAGCAUCGUGUUCUUGUUACAGCGUCCAGCGAUGGUUUCAUCAAAGUGUGGAAGCUGAAGCAGAAUAAGGAUGUUCCGCCGUCGUUACUGUGUGGAGUAAACACUCAGGCCAGGCUGACGUGUCUAGGAGUGUGGUUGGAUAGAAGGGCAAACACAAAGGAGAGCCUUCCUCCACCGGCAGAGCCUUCUCCUGUAAGUGAAGAACAGGCCCAGAUCAGCAAAAAGGAAUCUGCUGCCGUGGUGCAGGCAGAAGCAGCAUCAAGACCUGACCCACAGACACGUGGCUUAGGCAGUGACAGUAAGAAGCCAGCCAGAGGCCGCAGCCUGGGGUCAAACAAGAAAAGGAAAGUGGUGGAAAUGUUGGAGAAGAAGAAGGGAAAAAAGAAGAAAAUAUAACACAGUGAACCCUAGAGUUCCCCUCCUCCAAAGAACUCUUUUUAGACAGAAUUGUCAUUUUCAAGUAUUGUAUCUAAAUUUUUUUUUUCUGAGUAAAAGCAAGGAAUUUUUUCUUCUGGAGAAAAUGUAUAGCUUUUAAAGAAACCACUUUUAGGUGGGUUUUUUUGUUUUUAACUGAUAAAAUUAUUUUUGACAGAUGAAAAUAAUUAUAUAUCGUGAGCUUUGAGGUGGUCGUGCACAUCUGUAAUCUCAGCACUCUGGAAGGCUGAGGUAAGAGGAUUGAAAGUUUGAGUCCAUUAAUGACUUAGGGAGAACUUGUGUCCAAAAAAAAAUUACAAAAGGCUAGGGACAGUAGCACAGUUUGGACCUUUGUUAAGUACCAGUGCUGCCCACCCAAAAGAAAAUUACUCAUCCUGGUAGUUUAAAAUUAUAAAAUUUUUUUUUUUUCUUCUGCGGAACUGGGGAUUGAACUCAGAACCUUGUGCUUGCCAGGCAGGCUCCGGUGACACUGAGCUAAACCUCUGGCCCUGUAAUAUAUAAUUUUUAUUGUUAUGCAAAGCAAAUAAAGGUCUUUCUCCUUU